UUCAAUUUCAUUCAAUUUCACAUAUAAAAAUACAUUGUGUCACGUUUAGCAGAGACCCCCCCCCGUACCCUCAAAAACGUGACAUCAUUUGUAAACGCUCCCUUUUUAGUUAUUGCUAAAACUUUUAGCGUCUGCACACAAGAAAAUGAAUUACAAUGAAAAGGUCUAUGAAAAGGGUUAUAUUGGAUAAUUUUCUUUACUGAACUUAUACUUUAAAAUGGUGUAUUAGUUCUUUGCCUGUUUGUAAUAUUUUAAUAAUUUUUUAGCGCAUUAUUAUUUCAAUAAAUUGUUAUAUAGGACAUUAUACUUAACUCUGUUUUCAGGUAUGCCAUGAUUUGAAAAAGUCAGAUAAAAAUUCCACAAGGAUGAUGUUUCUCAGAGCUUGGAAUAAAAAUACUGGAAAUAUUCGUAACUUGGUUAAGGAAUUAUUGCAAGAAAAGAAGCCAACACAUUUACAACAGAAGGAUGACGAAGACAAUAAGAUGGAUGUGGAAGACAGCCAAACUGAUGACGAGUCCAAUCAUAUUAAUGAGAAACCUAACCAUAUCGAUCAAGAAACCACCAAUAAGAUGGAUGUGGAAGACAGCCAAACGGAUAAGGAACCCAACCACUUUGAUGAGGAGUCCAAUCAUAUUAAAGAGGAAACAAACCAUAUUGAUGAGGAAACCAACCAUACUGACGAGGAACCCAACCAAACUGAUGAGGAAACCAACCAUACUGACGAGGAACCCAACCAAACUGAUGAAGAAACCAACCAUAUUGAUGAGGAGUCCAAUCACAUUAAAGAGGAACCCAACCAUACUAAUGAGGAGUCCAAUCACAUUAAAGAGGAACCCAACCAUACUGAUGAGGAAACCAACCAUUCUGACGAGGAACCCAACCAAAUGGAUCAACAUGCAGCAGAAGCAAUUAGUAUAAGCAGUCCUACUCUUAACAACUCUAAAUUAAUUAAGUGACAACAAGCAGAUAAAUAAUAAAAAGGAAUGGAGCAGCUGAUAAUAUUACGUUUCGAGACCACAGCCAGUCCUAAGUCUGGAGAAAGUGUGAAGGAAGAACAUUAUCUACAACAAGCAGCAUAUUCAAUGAGGGAUUUACAAUAAUAAUUUAAAGAAAUAAUCCAUCAGUAUCUAAUACCAUAAUCUAAUAAAAUGUUAAAAACUUGUGUAAGCUAAAAGUAUAAAAUUAUAACCAAUAAAAUUUCAAUUUUUUUUAUUAAUUCUGUCUUAUUCCUUGUAAAUUUCCCGUACUUCUGUAAAUUAUUCCAAACAACUGACACUUCUCCCAAUUUCUACUAAUUGCCUUAAACAUUACCAAUACUGUUAUUUAUUUCUAUUCUAUUACGAAAAUACAUAUCACCUAAAGAUAUUAAAUAUUGUAUCAA